AUGCCAGCAGCCGACUCUACGACGACGAUGCAACCCAUCUCUGGACCGAUCCCUGUCCCCGGAACCCAGCGGCAGCCUACCACGCCCCCAGUCUCGGAUAUCGGCGCGCACCUCAGCAACACUACUAGUUCUUCUGGAUCCUCGACUCCCACCAACGCCGUCUCCCCUCGCACCUCUGUCAUCGGCAAGAGCCAAACCGUGAACCACCGCCACCACCACCACCACCAACGCGAAUCCUCCGUGAACUCUACUCCUUCUACAGCCGCGCAUAACCAGACCCACCACAACACCCACCACCCUGACCAUCAUCAUCGUCAUAACAAUAACGCGAAUAGCGGUCUGCGCCGGUUCCCGAGCAUUGGCAACACGUCCAAGCUGAAUAUCGAGAACUCGACGCUGAGGGCCAAGAUUGUAGAGUUGGAACGGUAUCUGACAGGAUUGAAGGAGGAGUUGAUUUUGGCCCAUCGACAGGUUCAUGCGCAGAGGGCUGAGAUUAAGAGUGAGAAGGAGGUGAAGGAGGGGGAGAUUAUGGGGUUGAGGGAGAGGGUUUUGGAGGUUGAGAGGGAAGUUAGGGUGAGGACGGAGGAGUGCGAUGGGUUGAAGGCUCAAUUGCAGGCGGCGAGAAUCCAGGAGGACACCACGGAGAAGGAGGCAAAAGGGAAGAAGAAGGGCGAGGAGGUAGUGUUAGAAGAGAAGGCGACAAAGGAGGAACAGGCACAACCAGCAGGAGCAGUGGCAACAACAGAGGCACCGACAGCCACGACGGCAGAGAGCAGCAGCAGUGUUGAUCUGGACCGGAUCAAGGCUCUGGAGGAGGAGAAUGCACGCAAGGAUGCCCAGAUCAAAGAGCUGUUGGAGAAGGUCGACCGUCUAGGCACAGAGGUAUUGAACCUUGAGCGAGAAAAGGCCCGUCUAGAGCAACCCCUCACACCAGAGCCCAUCCUCGUUCCUGUUGCCAAGAUCGAGACCGCCGUUGGGGCAGCUCCAGUGCCAAAGAGCGCCACAUUGGAGAGCAUCGUCCCUAUCACGGCCGCAGCCAUUAUUGCCGCAACAACCUCUCAAUCAGCAUCCGUCCUUUCUGGCACCACCUGCACUGAUCGUGCUGCUGGUGAUCUGACAGAGUCCGCCUCUAACAACAGCCUCAAGUCUUCCAGCACCUCACCCAGCUCCGUCGAGAGUAACUCUGACCUCAAUGCCCUCCAGGCUGCUCCAGUUGCUUGUACAGUCAACAGUGUCGGUUAUGAUUUCGCGGUCGAGCAUCCCAAGUUGUUGGCCAAGUUCCAAGCUCUAAGAAUGCAGCAUGCACAGGCGUCCGAGUAUGUCGAUUCGUUGGAGAGCGAGAACCAGGAUCUCAAGGUUCAGUUGUUGGAUGUCUGUGCCGGAUCUGCACUCGUUGCUUGA